AAGUAUGAAGUUAAAUGUGCAGCUUUGAAGAAGGAAUCUUCAAAGUGUACUGAACUUAGAUAUAUGGUUGAUCACUACAGCUUUGACGGUUUCAACGAAGUAAUAUUGCUGGACUCUAAAGCACAACAGACAGAGUUGGAAUGGAUUUCCUCUCCUCCCAAUGGGUGGGAAGAAAUUAGUGGACUGGACGAAAACUACACUCCUAUACGAACAUACCAGGUAUGCCAGGUGAUGGAAUCAAACCAAAACAACUGGCUUCGGACUAACUGGAUUGCAAAAAGCAAUGCACAAAGGAUUUUUGUAGAACUGAAAUUCACUCUGAGGGAUUGUAACAGUCUUCCUGGAGUUCUGGGGACUUGUAAAGAAACUUUUAACUUGUAUUAUUAUGAAACAGACUACGACACUGGCAGGAAUAUCCGAGAAAACCAAUAUGUAAAAAUAGACACUAUUGCAGCAGAUGAAAGUUUUACCCAGGGUGAUCUCGGGGAGAGAAAAAUGAAACUUAACACAGAGGUGAGAGAAAUUGGACCUUUGUCCAAAAAAGGAUUCUAUCUUGCGUUUCAGGAUGUAGGGGCCUGCAUUGCUUUGGUCUCUGUCAAAGUCUACUACAAGAAGUGCUGGUCCAUCAUUGAGAACUUAGCUAUUUUUCCUGACACAGUGACUGGCUCAGAGUUUUCCUCUUUAGUUGAAGUACGAGGAACUUGCGUCAGCAGUGCAGAGGAGGAGGCGGAGAACUCGCCGAAGAUGCACUGUAGCGCGGAAGGAGAAUGGUUAGUGCCUAUUGGAAAAUGUAUCUGCAAAGCGGGAUACCAACAAAAAGGAGACACGUGUGAACGUAAGUAA